AUGCUUAUCACUUCAACACCCGCACUUCCACCAACGGAACGAACGACAUCUUUAGCCAAGUCUCCAAGAUUAAAUGUGACAAGCACCAGACGGCAGCUCACCUGUGGCAACUCGACCGAGGAGGCCGUCGCAUUGGGCUGCAAGUUUGAUGCCUCGCUUGGCGGCUGGUUGGCAGCUCCUUGCUACGAUCAAGCUUGGGUCGACGAUUAUCUCUCUGACGGCAGCGGAACUGCAUAUGCAGACAAGAACCUAACGCAGGUCAUGACCCAUUCAGAAGUUCUGGAAAGAGGGUUAUAUUGGUCCUCGUUCCGAGAUCACAUCAACCACUGUGUGGCUGGUUGGAGGCGACAGUCGCAAGCCUUCUUCGAGGAUCGCCCAGCGCUUGACAGCUCGAUUAUCAGUGUCACGCAUGCCUCGCAUUGCGCGCAACUCCUUAUGGAUACUGCCUUGGGUAUACAGCGCAGGGGUCCUACUGAGAAUGUGAUCGGAUAUUUCGAAUGCUGGGUUCGUGAUUGA